AUGUGCAUGAAAUCUGGUAUUACAGCUUACAGGCUCCUUACGCCUUUGGUAUACUAUCAGGUACGAAUCGGGGCUGCCACGGGAGUCAUGGACAGCGCAAUUGGUCGCCCCGCAUCCCAGAUUCUAUCCGUGCCCCAGACCCGUGAGGCGAUAGCGGCUGAUAUCGUUCUUCACACCGACCACCUCAUUGCCCUGCAAAACCGCCUCAAUGCCCUCGCGGACGUCUCUGUGCUUUCUACGGAGAUUCUUUGCAGGAUUUUCAUGUACUGUGCUCCUGGCCAUGUUUCCGGGUUUUCAACUUCCUGGCCGCGCCCGUAUGGCUGGGUUUGCAUGACCCAUGUUUGCAAGCACUGGCGCAUCGUCGCUUUGAGUUGCACGACCCUCUGGGUCGAUUUGUUGGUGACGAAACAAUACGAGUGGAUGGUCGAGCUCUUGGCACGGUCCAAAACGGUGCCGUUGAACGUGAUCAUCUCCCCCGGGGGUCCAGACCCAAGCUCCUACCAACCCUUGCUGUCCGGCAAGUCUUCACUGCAAGGGCUGCAGGCGUCCUGCGCCCUCUUCCUCUCCCAGAUUGCACGCAUACGCUCACUGUUGGUCAAGGCUGUUCCAGCGGAUACGGCGUACGUCUUGCAGCUGCUGGACGGGCCUGCGCCGCAACUCGAGUCGCUCUCCGUCAUCAUCAUACGGAGCAGGAUCGACGGCUGGUGGCGAACUAUGGUGGUGCCGAGCUUGACACAUCUAGCUCUCACCAGUUCUCUGUGGAAUUCGGGCUCACAUACGGACAUCGAGGACCUCAUGGGCUCUAUUGCCCACAUGACCCUCCUCGAGAGCCUGAUCAUCGACGGAGCGCUGACUGGGACCUUGGGCAGGAUGGAGGCUUUGGAGCCCAGAUUCUUUCGGACUUCAAUUACCCUCCCCCACUUGCACGUCCUCGAGAUACAAGGAUCUGGUGUCCAUGUCAUACACAUCCUGAACCUUUUGCAUACCCCCUCACUCUCGACUCUACAUGUGAUCACAGAUUACUGUGCCGUGCCAGGGUCGUCUUCCAACUUCUUCGCUGCAGUGGCCAUCAAGACGCUCUCCAUGAAGGCUUUCCACACCCUCGUUAUCACCACUGGCCCUGCCGAGAUAUUUGCAGACACCCGUCCAAGCCGGGCAUGCCUUCAGGCUUGCCAUAACGAUCACGGUAAUGUCAACAUAGGAGACCUUGACAAGAGUUCUCUCAGGCUGUUGCAGAAUCCGACGUUGGAGGUACGCUUCAGUUGCCCGGUGGCCGAUGCGCUUUCCGAGUUCUGCCAGCUGCUUCCCGUCAGCGAUGUCUGCUCGCUCUUCGUUAGCGGUUCCUCGCUCUCGACAAAACUAUGGACAACAGUCCUACAGCGAACAAUCAAUGUCACCCACCUCACUGCUAUUGGUGGCAUUGCUUCCGACGGACUGUCGGACGCACUCCGGGAUCGACGCCGUGGCCCCCGCAGGGCGGGGAAGAACUCGGGCCAUGUCUAUCAUUACACACUUCCGCGACUUCGACUUCUGACGUUGUCCGACUUCUUCUUCAUGGAACGCGAAACGGACUGGGAGCUCGGAGGGAUGGAACCGCUCGCUCAACAACUCAUCAGUUGCUUCAUAGAACGGUACGAGUAUGGCGCGGAGAUCGAGCGGCUGCGCAUUCUGCGCGCGAUUAACUUAGAAAGGGAUGAGAUCGACUUGUUGAAGGAAGUCGUGCGCGUUGUAGAGUGGGAUGGGGCUUCGGAAUACAACGAAAAGUACGAAAUAGGACUGGAUUCAGACUAUGACUCGGACCCGGGCUUCUAG